UAGGGAACAUCCAUGGAAGAGCACUAAACAUUUGUGGCUGUAGUUGACUCACUACCCCAGGCUGCAGAUUGAGGGCCAGCGGCCCCGAGUCUCAGAGUUGAGACAAAUUGCGAGGGAGUGAUUGGCUGGGGACUGGUUGCUCUUGGCCCAGGUUGAAGUGAGAGGCUCAAUGUGGCCACCGCAAACUGACCAGAUCCCAUUCAGGCGGUUAGGUCCAGCCUUCGGGUCGGCUUUCCUCUCGCUCUCCAAGCCACUGAAUCUCUCCCUCAGAUGCUCUACUGACUGACUGUUGAACAUCGUCAGGCAUCUCUGCUCCACCAGUCCUUCCCAUUCUGAGACCCUCCUCUCUCUCCAUCUGUAGGUUUGGGCAAACUCAGGUCUCAAAUAGGCCAGUGGGAACUCGGCUUUGGCCACUUUCAACACACUUUCUCACCACCCCCCCACUCCUGGUGAACAGAUGACUCCCAUCAACCCAGUCCACUCCAGUGUUACCGGUGAUGCCAACUAAACAAUUUUUACUCUCGGGCAAGUUGCUGCCAGUUGGGCACCGGAGUCACCUUGGGUUCCAACUGGAGCUCCAUUAGUCACCUCCUCCUUGGCUUUAGUGGUUGCUCUCCCUUCUGCUCCAUUUCAGGAAGCUUCCCCUGAGUUUUUGCAACCCCUCCGAAUUAGCCAGGUGGGAUGCAGGAGCUCAGACUCCUCAAUUGAUUUUAGUUUUAAAUGAGAGCAAGUUUAGUGUCAAGGUUCCAAUUGACAAACCCAAUGAAGUAAGCAUAGCUGAGACGAUCUGAUCUCUCAUGCAAAACUUUAUUGAACAAAUCAUAUCAGCACAGAUGAAAGGAAAAUCAGCUCUGGCUAAUUGGUACCAAAGCAAUAUAUUAAAAGUAUAGAACUCCCUUCCCCCCUGACGGUGCAGGUCACAUUACCCAAUUAAGCUUCAGACAAUUAUUACGAGAAAAAUCUUCAGUUCUCAGUAAAUAAUAUCUUGCUUGACCUUGGUUCGCAGACUCAGCAGCUCAAAACCUGCAAGGCCCAUUCCAUUCUUCCCCCCUCCUUCCUAAGUCUGUAGGCAAGGCAAGAAACAGAAAUGGCUAAAACACCAUGAGGCUUCUUUGAGCUUGACACUGGGUUAGUUAUUUUAGUAUUUGAAUUGCCUCUAAAAUUUGCAACACUUCUAUUUUUGAAUUCAUUCUGAAAAAUAUUUGAAUAAUGUUUUUAUUCACAUAAUAAUACUCUUUAUGUAUCAAUAUAUUGUAGGAAGAGCUACAAGAAGCACUUCUUGCUCGGGCAAUAAAGCAGCAGACUGAAGAAUAUUCAGAAGACUUUGAAAGUGAUGCAUUCUCAGAAGAGGAAUUUCCUGAAUCUGAGGAAAACAUCUGUCCUAAAUCAGCAGUCUUUAAAGUAUCAUCAUCUAAGUUUAAUCUUUGUAACAAGAACACUUUAAAAAGCGAAAGUGCCGAUGACUUGUCUUCAUUAGAGGAAUAUGAGGGAUCUCAAUAUGUCUCUAUUCUGGAGAGAAAGGUUUUGAGCAAAGAGGGGCAAACCAUCCCCUUAUCACUAACUGAACAUCCUGGAUCAUGUAAAAGGAGUGCAGCAAAACAAUCCAUUCCAUUUGAAAUAUCUGUGUCAAAUCACUAUUCUUUUGGAAAAGAAAUAUCAGAAAAUAAACAUUUGAUCAAAGACACCAAAGAUGAUACAAUUAUUGAAGAAAGGUCUGGUUGUGAAGAAGAUUACAAUAAUAUAGAGGAAACAAUUAGAUAUAAGUUGAUAUUAGAGGAAAAAAAUAUGAUUCAGUGUAAAAUGGAAAGCAAGCCAGUGCCAGAGCCAAGGGAGUUCAAGACUAAGGCUGUAUCAGCAUCAGCUGAAAAUAUAAGCAUUCCUGCCUUAUAUGAUUUUUCAAAGCAAUCUCCUCAACCUAGAAGUAUUUUGAGGAAAAGUAGCCAUGUGGAAGACUAUGAAGGAACCAAGGCAGAGGGAAGAAUACCUAAUCAUCAUCGACUGUUUUCGUUAUCUGCACCAUCUUCUGAAACAAGAUUAAACAAUCAAGUGAUGAAAUCUGAAAAAAGAGCACUUUCUGAAAGUCCUGGUGCUGAGGGCCCCUUAAUUGCAAACUCCUCAUCCUCAAUCCCUAUCCAGUUGUCAUCAGUAAAUGAGAAAACUGGAGAUUCUAAUUUGGCAGUAUCUGGAAAUAAAACCUCCUCUAAAGAUAAUGAACAUAAAGAAAUUGACAAUUUCUAUGAUCUCAGAUUGCUGGAGAAUGACAGAAAAUCUCCUUCGGUGAUAGAAUUAAUGAUGACUACAGUUUAUGAGAAUACUAAGAAGCAAUAUAAACCAACUGAAGACUUUCUAGAACAAAAAUUGCAGAUGUUAAAACCCAGUGAAGAUGAUUCUAUUGAGACACCAAAAGAUGAUCCAUCAGAACAGAAAGUAGCUUUAACUACUUCAAAAUCUGUAAUGGAUAGUUCAAAGGAUUUUGUAAAGGAAGAGUGUGAAGAAGUAGAAGCAGCUCCACAAAAAGCUAAAAUCAGGUCUUUGAGCACUACAUAUUUGAAGAAAACAGGGAAAUACUCUCCUGUCACAAGAAGUACAUCUGCUCAAUAUUUAGGGACAUUAAAGUUCUUGGACAAUAAGCAUCUACAAAAAUACAGUGCUGACCUAGAUAAAGCAGAUAGUUUACGAGCAGCUGUUUAUCAGGACUGGUUGGAAAAGAAGAGAAUCUUCCUCUUGGAAUUACAAAGAAUAAAAAGAAACAAAGCUGAGAACUUGCAAGAGAAAAAUGAAAAGAAAGAAGCUGCUAAAAGAGAAGAAGCACUUGCAUCCUUUGAAGCUUGGAAGGCCAUGAAAGAAAAAGAAGAAGAAAAAUUGGCUGAGAAAAAAAAAUUGGAAGCAGCAAAGAAAAAGAAAGAAGCUGAACUAAAUGAGAAGAAAAAAGAAGAGGCACAAAAGGCUUUUGAAAAAUGGAAAAAAAAGAAAGCUGCAUAUUUAAAACAGCAAAUACAAAAAGAGAAAAGAGUUGAAAGAUUAAAAAAGAAGGAGCAGGAGCUUGUUGCAGAGAAGAGAAGAGAUAGCAGAUCUGCAGUUGAAAAAUGGAAUGAGAACAAAGAAGAAUUCAUGAAGCAAAAGAAAAAAGAAAAAAUCCAAGAAAAGAAAAAAGAAGUAGAAAAACAGGUUGAGAAAGAAGAACAAGAUAAAAGAGCUCUAGAUGAAUAUAAAAAAUGGCUGUGUGCGAUUCAUUCGUUCAGAAUUCGAACCGGACUGAGGAUGAAAAGCACAAUGAAACCGCCAUUUGGAUCCCACAGCAGUAGCCACUGCUUGAUUAACUUGAUGAACAAACUCAGGACCAUUAUCAGAGGAAAUAAAAGACGGGCAACCAAAACGAGGAAAAGAAAGAGAUGGACGAAAGUAUGCAAAAAAACCAAAAAAAACUUCAGGUUAUUCUUGAGGAUGAAACUCCAUCUCCGUGGAGUCCACCUGGCAAGGCUGUAUCCUCAAGAAGAUAUUGAGAUACCCACUGCCAUGAGUUGUGGCUGGCAUCCUCAGAGGCAGAGUUAACUGCUUUGUGGUAUACCUCUGAGUUGCUCAUAGGCAACUGAACUGUAGUGGCCUGGGAGAAUAACCUCAAGGAACAGGAGAAAGAGCUAAGACAAUGGUAAGAUACAAGAUAUUUGAAUCCAAAGUAGAAAUGUGAUAACAUGUCUCAGUCUUGACCCUCCCUACAUUUUUUGUAAAUAAAGUGGAAAGCAGGAAUUGCAAGAUUCUGUUACUGCAAACCUAUUAUAAAAAUAGUUUUAGUAUCCCUAAAAGGUUUCCAUGUCUGAGCUACUUUGAAUGACUGAUAUGAAAUGGACUGAUUUGAGCUCUUGUAUUUAAACCCGACAAGUUGAUAUCUGGCUAGUCCAUAUACAUAAGAGUAAUUUCAUAUAAAAGUCAUUCCCGAUUGAUUCCUCACCUAGAUAGAUCUUCAGUUGAUUCAUUUCAAUGAAAUUCCAAUAGCUAUCUGUCUGUUGCUAUUAAUACCACUACUGUAAUUUUGGAAUUGUGCUCAGUUGAAGCAAAUACUGUUGCUAAAAACAAAACAUAGAAACACACAUAUACACACAGACAGAGAAAAAGCACAGAGGUAGAAAAAGUGGAGUAGGUCACCUGUAAAUCAAUCAUUAGGGAGAGGGCUGUUUCAGGCACACUGUUAAAAGAACAAUUUUCCCAGAGAGAGAGAUACAUGUCUCAAUUUUCAUAGCGUUAUAUUGCAUAGUGCAGUAAUCCUUUGUUCACAGAGCUUGCUAAACAGUUAUUUUGAUCAUGUUACUAAUUUGAGAUAGAUAUUGUUUUAUUUUAUUUACAUUCUUAUUCUUGCACAUGUGCAUCAAAUAAGUCUUACGAUGCAGGUAUACAUUUUAAUAAUUAAUAAUUACUAGAAAGGAGAAAGAUACUGGGUCAAGAAGCUGCAAAUAACAAUUCUUUUGAACUGAUUUACUACCUUCCCACACAGUUUGCUGGGCAACCAGAGAUAUGGCAAAGAGGAGGAAGAGCAGCUUUCUCUUCCUUAUUUUCUCCAGCUCCACCUUCAUCUGACCCUCUGGUACAGAUAUCUCCAGUUUGGAAAUUUGCAAAUUAUUGCCUGGAAAUUGGACUCCCACAUGUUUGAAGGGCUCCAUGUUGGAGAAGGGAGCUGAAGAAUAUAUUUGUUGAAAUGUAAAUUGUUCAGAAACUACCAUUAAGUUGAUAUUGGCACAAAAGAGAAUAGCCAUCUUUAAGAAGAAAAAGGGACCAUUAAAAAGAAAUUAGUAUUUCACUGCUGUUAACAUUUUGGAAUAUUUCUAGUCACAACAGAGACAAGCAUUUCAGAAGCCUGCUUUGUUAUACUAAGCUAUGCAAUAUUUAUAAUUUUGUUUCAAACACUGGCAGACAAUGGCAUGCUUUUGAAAUACUCUAAAUAAUUUAAUUCUCUCUAAACUUUCUUAUUUCAGGGGUACUAUACAAAAACAUUUGUGCCAAAGGUGCUUUUUUCACGAGGCAACUGGAUUGUCCCUUUGGGACAACCAUGAUCUGGAUGACUGGAAAUCUCUAUUGUGGGGAAAAAACCAAUGAAAGAAACAAGAGACAGCAACACAAAACAAUAAUUCUUACUUUAAGAUUCAGAGGUUUAUUUCAGCAAUAAUUUGGAACAUAAGCAAACAUCAUAACAUCACUUACAUUAACAAUUCAUUGCAAUGAGGUCCAAUGAUAUAGCAUAGUGGUGGCGACCCUUUUAGAGACCCAGUGCCCAAACUACAACCCCAAACCCACUUAUUUAUCACCGGGUACCGGGUGGGUGUGGCCACGGUGGUCAUGGCAGACUGUGUGGGCGGGGCCAGGGUGGCAGGGGUCAGUCCCUCGCCAUUUCCAGGGCAUGGCACACGUGCCCACAGACAGGGGUCUGAGUGCCUCCUCUGGCACGCGUGACAUAGGUUCGCCACCACUGAUAUAGCAGCUCCAAUAAGGACAGCUAUAGGCCAGUGGCCCUGAGCUGGUCUUGAGCUCUAUCUUUUAUACCUUUUUUUCUUAAUGGCCACAUACAGAUGGUCACUUUCUUGAAACAUUUAAGAAAUCAGUUCCUUGUUCUUUCUUGCUGAUCAUCGGUUUCCACACAUACCCGUGUACAUCUAAAACAUCCAUCCAUCUAUUACUUUCAGCUCCCUUUUUCCCACGGUUCUAAUAUUCUUAUUCCAGAUAUACUUAUAAAACUAUAUACUUGCAAAGAGCAAAUUGCAAAUGCCCAGCAAAUUACAAAUAGUUCUUUCAUACUAUGAAACCAUCCAAGCUGAAAACCUUUGGUUCAUGUCUUCUUUGUGGGGCUUUCUGUAAUUUAUCUAGACCUUAUCAAACCGAAUAGAUUAAUAGGCUAUAUUUUCGAUUCCCACAGUCCCCACUUCUUGUCUGUAAGGACAAUACAAAAUCUUUGUGCAUGGACAACCUCAUAAAAAAUUUCCUAGGAGUAAUAUUAAUUCAGUUGAGCAUCCUUCAUUUAAGAUCAAGGAGGACAACUACUUUAAUUAAAAGCAUUGCAUUUCAGCGAAAUAAGUGCACAAAAAUAUUAGACAGACUGGAAGGUUUGUAAUUGCCUCAUGGGGUGUAUAUUGGCUCGCCUGUUGAUAUAGUGACUGUUGACUGCACGGUUAUAUACAUAAAGGAUCUCACUGAGGGAGUAUGUGUUCUGACCAAUCCUAAGGAAGGGGUUCUAGUUCUGGUUGACAAGGAAGAACUGCGAAAGUCUAUUCCAGGCAUAGAUGUAGUGGUUCGGGUAUUAACUGUCAUGAGUGGUAUUGGGGAAGUCUUAGAGGACAUAGAGGACAAACACCUUUUAAUGACCACAACCACUAUAUAAAGAAGGAGAAGGAUAAACAAAAGUCAUAAUAAAAAUAACAAGAUUUUUUCCCCUAUGCAUGCAAAUAUAUUAGAAAAUACAUCCCAAAAAAUCCCCCAUCAUUAAAGGAUCCAAAGGAUGAAAUGGGAUCCAUUUUAUAAUUAUGCACAGCUUGACGUAUCUUGGUAAUGUUGAGAAAUAGACUUUGAUUGACAUCAGGGAUAAAAAUAUAACAAGACAAGCCUAUGAGUUUACAAAGUCCAUCCUCUUUUGCCAGAAUGUAGUCAAGGGCCAAUCAGUUUUGCAAAACAGUGGUUCGUAUGGCAGUAAGUUCUGAGCCUAUCAUUUUCAGGCUAGAGGCAGUAGUAUUGGCCACUGAUUCCAGUAAUAUAGAGAACCUUUUACUGUGUUCCCAGAGCAUAUUAAUGCACAAUUGAAGAAUUAUGGUACAAAGAAUCGGUUCCAGCCACUAGACAAAAUUUCACGUUUUUGGUGAGGGACUGGAGCGAGGACAUGAAGAUCCUCUGGUUUUAGUAAGGGCAAGAGGCCUGGAAAAAUUGUGCCCAAAUAACAUCAACCCUUCCAACCAGGAGGAAGUGCAUGAUAGGCUUGUUUUCCACAAAUAAAAUGCAAACCAGGAGGAGCCUUUAUGACAAAAAACAAAUUUUGAAGGAGCAAAUACAAAUAGCUCUUCGACAGUGGCAUUCUUUUCUUUAUGGACAGGCCUAAGGUAUGGUGGCUCUGUAAAUGUAUCAGACAUGACAAUUAUUUGGUAACAACUAAAAAAAAGUACAUAGGGAGGAGUUUACUAUACAGCAACAGACAUUCAAAACGGGCAUAUUAGGUAAAUAAGGAAACUGCUCACUGGGGGAAUAUUUUCUUGGAUAUAAAACCUGGAGUUUAUGUAACUGAGACAUUAUAUGAUGAUACAAUAGAUACUUGUGGUAAGAGUCAAACUUAUAUUUAUCCCCGUCUUCAGGGGAGCAAAGGAUCACUUUGCCAGUUGCCUCUGUGUCAAAGGCACAGGGCCUAAUGUAUGUGGAGCCAGGAUGUUGUCGCCAAAUGGCACAUAGUUCAAUAGUAAAAUUACAAGUGCUAUAUCUCAUAGUUGUAAUACUCAUGCAAUUCACAUUUAGCCCAUGGGAUUCAAUACAAAAAGUUCCUCCUUCAGUGUCAAGUAAAGGAAGAAAUUUGAUUGGGUGUAAGGACCCACCCCACUUUGCAUCUUAAGAAGACAGAACUCUUGGAAUAUUUCUUCCAACAGGCAUCUUUAUUAAGAGAAAAUGGU